AUGCGUCGUUUAGCAGCUAGGGCCAUUGCUCCGGCAAGACCCUUUAUGCGUACUCCACGGUCGCUUUGCAGAGCAUUUUCCUCCCGCAUCGAAACCCAAUCCAAGGAUCCCGUGGAACUCGAUCAAGUAACUUCCCUCCCAAACGGCCUUCGAGUAGCUACAGAGUCUCUCCCGGGCCCCUUCUCCGGGGUAGGGGUCUAUAUCGAUGCAGGCUCCCGCUAUGAAGAUGACAGCCUCCGUGGCGUCAGUCACAUCAUUGACAGACUAGCAUUUAAGUCGACGUCGAAAAGGACGGCGGAUCAGAUGGUUGAGGCUCUGGAGAAUCUGGGAGGGAAUAUACAAUGCGCAUCGGCUCGGGAGUCACUCAUGUAUCAAUCUGCCAGCUUCAAUUCGACGGUUCCAACCACUCUUGCCUUGCUGGCGGAGACGAUUCGGGAUCCAUUGAUUACAGAUGAGGAGAUACAGCAACAGUUGAUGGUGGCGGAAUAUGAAAUUACGGAGCUCUGGGCGAAGCCGGAGAUGAUUCUGCCGGAGUUGGUGAAUAUUGCGGGGUAUAAGAAUAACACGCUGGGAAAUCCUCUGUUGUGUCCGAAGGAGAGGUUAAGCGAGAUCAAUAGGGGCGUUGUACAAAAGUAUCGGAACACGUUUUUUAAGCCGGAGCGGAUGGUGGUGGCCUUUGCAGGCGUCGCGCAUCAGGAUGCGGUGAAAUUGACAGAGCAGUACUUUGGGGAUAUGAAGCGGGAUAAACCUGUGCUUUUCGGGCGUGGGUCCGAAACCACCCUUUCUGAAGAGGAAAUGAGCUCACUACCUUCUCUUUCCCCAUCCUCCACCACUUCAACAGCUUCCACCAGUCCAUCCACCCCACCCCCUCCGUCACCAUCCUCUUCCGCCUCCUACAAAACCGGCGGAGUCCUCUCCCACAUCCCCUUCCUUAAAUACCUAUCGACCUCUUCCCCCCACAGCGCCUCUGUCUCCCCCAUCGAUACCUCCCUAUUGCACCCUUUCACCCCAAACCUCCAUAGACCCUCCCAUUACACAGGCGGCUUCCUCUCCCUUGCCCCAAUCCCCCCACCAGCCAAUCCCGCCCAUCCAGCCCUAAGCCACAUCCACGUCGCCUUCGAAGCCCUCCCCAUCUCCUCACCAGACAUCUACGCCCUCGCCACCCUCCAAACCCUCCUAGGCGGCGGCGGCUCCUUCUCCGCCGGCGGCCCAGGCAAGGGCAUGUACUCCCGCCUCUACACCAACGUGCUAAACCAACACGGCUGGAUAGAGAGCUGCAUGGCCUUCAACCUCAGCUACACGGACAGCGGCCUCUUCGGCAUCUCCGCCUCCUGCAUCCCCUCCCGCAUCAGCGCGAUGGUCGAAGUUAUCUGCAAAGAGCUGCACGCCCUUACCACCGAGUCGCGCUUCUCCGCCCUGCAACCUGCGGAGGUUAACAGGGCCAAGAACCAGCUCCGCUCCUCGCUGCUCAUGAAUCUUGAGUCGCGCAUGGUGGAGCUGGAGGAUCUGGGGAGACAGGUGCAGGUGCAUGGGCGGAAGGUUGGGGUGCAUGAGAUGUGUGCGCGGAUUGAUGCUCUGACUGUUGAGGAUCUGCGGAGGGUGGCUAAACAGGUAUUUGGGGGUCAUGUUCAUAAUAAGGGGCAGGGAACAGGGAAGCCUACCGUCGUUGUGCAGGAGGGGAUGGUGGAAGGGUCGGAGUUGUAUCCGAUUACCUCCGAGCAGGUGCAGGAGCAGAUUGCGAUGUGGAAGUUGGGGAGGAGUUAA